CAAACGAAAGAAGAACUAAAAUGGCGGCGGCGGCAGCGGCUGCGUCUCGGGAGCGCCGUUCCCGGUCACAUGACCGCCCGAUCUGGGAGGGGGAGCCGGGAGUGUUUUCUCUUUCAUUUCCGACGGGCUCCCACACGUAGGAAACCCGGCAGCGCCUUCUGUUCCUCGUCAGAACCCGGGUCUGGCGGCGGGUGGGUCGCCGAGGGGCGGCGGAGGCGGCGGCCGGGAGGCGGAGACGCGUCUCCACCCAGCGCGCGCCGCUCUGGACGCGCCCUCCUGCUCCUCCUCCGCCACUGGAAGCGGAGCGGGGCGGAGAGAGGAAAGCGCUCAGGUAAGGAUGGCACAGAACAAAUACCUCGCAGCAAAACUGAAAAACUAUUUGCGAGAAGACAAAAUUCAGCUAUGGAAACCCCCAUAUACAAACAGCUACCAGGAGGCGGGUGAGGAGCUGAAGGCUCUCGCACUGCAAUAUUCAGCCAGGCUAAAUUGUAAUGACAAUGAAAUAGAGGCCCUCCUGGAAGAGAUACGCUCCAAAGCAGUCGAGCGAGGAACGAAAAAUGAAGCUUAUAAGAUGACAGGAGUUGCGACGCUUGAAGUAGCCUUGCCUACAAGGUUGGGUAAAGCAAGAAAAAAUGUGCUGGAGACAAAAUUGGUCAUCACAGGCAAGGAGCUCAGAUCUCAAAUAGCACAAGCAUAUGGAUUGGAAGAAAAUUGCAUCAAAAUAAUUAUAAACAAGAAGCAGCUUGACCUGGGAAAGACUCUAGAAGAGCAAGGUGUGACGCACAAUGUCAAGGUCAUGGUGCUUGAGCUGAAACUGUCCGAAGAAGAAACCAGGAAGAAAGUCCGCAGUGAGGAAAUGCAACAGGAGGAAGAGGCUGUGAAGAAAAAAGAAAUGAACAAAAGGAUGCAAAGGACAAAAAAAGGUUUAGAAAUACUUGCAGAGCGAGAGGAUUCCAUGGAUCCCGACAGAGCACCUUACCUGGACAUAGCAAACCAAACCGGAAGAACGAUCAAGAUUCCUCCACAAGCAAAAAAAGCUCUUUUCUUAGCCAUGGGCUAUCAUGAAAAGGGCAGAGCAUUGCUGAAGAAAAAAGAAUAUGCUAUGGCGCUGCCGUUCCUGUUGGAUGCAGAUAAACAUUUCUGUGAAUGUGGUUCAGACCUCCUGAACACUGUUGAUAAUUACGCAGUGUUGCAGCUGGACAUCGUCUGGUGCUACUUCCACUUGGGUCAGCUGGAUUGCCUUGAUGAUGCUGAGAAAAAGCUCCUUGCAGCUCAUGAUUGUUUCAGGAAGUGUUACGGAGAGAACCACGAGAGACUGGUCACUAUAAAAGGAAGCUCUGGGAGAGAGAAGGCUUUGUUUCUAAGGCUGUACUUGCUUCAAGGAAUAAGCCAUUAUCAUAAUGGCAGAGAGAGGGAGGCUGGUGAAAAUCUUCAAAGGGCACAUGACUUGUUUAAAGAGUUGUGCAUCGAUCCUGACAAGAUAAAUAGCUUGUUGCUACUGGGAUUCUCUGCUCAGGAAGCCCGCCUGGGUCUCCGAGCUUGCGAUGGGAAUGUGGACCACGCUGCCAGCCACAUUUCCAACAGGAGAGAGGAAAAAGCUCAAAUAAGAAGAGAGGAGAGAGCUAAAAGAAGAAAGCGAUUGGAGGACAUUAACUCCUUGAAGAGUAUGGGCUAUUCAGAGCGAACUGCUAGAGAAGCUCUUCACAAUGCAAAAGGAGACCUUGAACUAGCGGUUAAGAUUAUGCUUGAAAACCCUCACCUACUCCUGUCAGAUGAUGACGAUCCGGUGCCCAGGAACCAGUUUCAAGUUCCCCAGGAAAGUAUUGAUCAAUUGGUGUAUAUGGGCUUUACUCCUGAAGCAGCAGAGCAAGCUCUGAAAGUAUUUAAAGGCAACAUUCAGCUGGCUGUGCAAACGCUUGCUCAUUAUGGGGGAUCUCUCCCUGCUGAAUUACAGACCCCUUCAGAUAGCAUCACUCCCUCAGAUGAAUCCAGUUCAUCAAAAGACUCUCCUACGGACUCUGCAGAGAAAAGGAAAAAGAGGAAAGAAGAAAGAGGAAAAACUCAAGGCACUUCCGGGGCGUCAACUGAUGAAGACAUGGAAGUAGAUGCUGUCAAUGAAAUCUUAGAGGACAUCCCAGAGCACGAAGAAGAUUAUCUGGACCUAACUCUGGAAGAGGAAGAGCUUGUCAUCAAUGAAUACCUCUCUUACAUACAGCACCUGCAAACACAGUCCCAGUAGGCAAAUUCUGAAAGACUCCAGUAUCACAUACAUGAACCAGCAUUUGUGGGGCUUAGAUCCAGGGGGGAAAUUAGUUGCAUGUAAGUCGCAGUGAAGUCAGUGGGUCAUGACUAAUUUUAAGUGUAAUGUACUUAGUCUAGAUUAGGACCGUGGACUUCUAAUACUUAGAUUGCAAAUAUGUCUGACCCUCUUUUUGCCAAAUGCCUUAAGUUAAGUCAGUUGCAUAUUUUUUAAAAACAAACACUGGCAUGAGUAAAACCUGUAGUACUAUUAAUCUAGAGUGACACUGGAGAGGAAUACAUUUAAUUGUAGAAGAAAAAUAUUUGCAGAAGAAAUAUUUUUAUAGAGAGCUUCGAUAUAUUAUAUUGGUGUGAAAUUCAUCUAUUUAAUUAGUAGAGCAAAUAAAAUCAGUUCUGCAUACAUUCACAAAACCCAGAUUUCUUUUAAAACCGCAGAUCUGACUGUGACAGCACAUACAUAGUAUCCACUGUGACUAGCUCUAAUAUCUUCUGGUCGCAGAAAUAGAGACCUAAGUGUAUAGAUUUUGUCCGUUCUUAUAGAGCUUUUUCUGGCCAUCCUGUAUUCUAGAGCCAGCUGUAAAUCUAUGGUGCAUGGACUUUAAAGAGCUCCUUUUUUCAAUAAUGCAGUAACAACCAAUAAAAAAAACCCCUCCCAUCCAUCACAUUUAUUGCAGUUUCCCCAUAAAGCUGAGGACUGCCCAUUUGGAAGUGGUAGGUACUGAAGUUAAUUAAUUAUCUUUAAAGGAAGAGGCUCUUGGGCAAUGUCCCAUGUUGCUUUUCCCUGCUGAUGCUUUUCCCUGGAAAAGUGAUACAAGUAUGGAUAUUCAUACUAUACAAAUAGCCAAACAUGUGCUUGAACUUCAGUUGCAGCACAUCAGUUUAGGAGACUUUUGUUUCAAUUGCAGCCAUUUUGUGACCACUUCCCCUUGUCGUCAAAAUGCAAAUGAAAGAAAUACUGAAAGCAGAGCUUUUAGAAAUGGGCUGGUGGGUUCUCCUGAGCUGCCUUGCUUAACCCUGUUCAAGAAGGGAAUUGUGUGGCCUCGCUUGCACUAAACCAAACCAUGCCUUAGCAAAAAGGAGCAAGUAUGCCAGGCACUCAGAGUGAAUAUCAUGGUCACUAGGCCGUGGUUCGGUUUAGUGCUGUGAGUGAACCUAGACUUGUGUGUCUCCCUGAAACAAACCACUAGUGGUGAAUCUAGAACCACAAACUUGGAUUCACACACAACACCAAGCCCAAACCAUGCCUUAGCUCUGGGUAAUAUGGCAGCAGCAGGACAAGGGGAGGAGUGAAAGGGUUGUGAUUUUUGCCAAGCCAUAAUUUGGCUUAGUGUUACGCGCAACCUGUGACGUGGUCUUUAGUCUAGGCUGUGCUUGUUCAGUAGUUCCAAAAUUUAAGGUUUCUUGCCUUAAAAAUAGAAGUGUGUUAAAAGUACAAAGGCAGGUGCCAUGCUGUGUUAAACCAGUUAAACCAUCCAGUUCAGUACUGAUAACUCAUGGCAUCAUUGGCUCUGUGGGAUCUCAUGCCAAGAAACACCUUUUCCAGUUUUUGCAAUAUCCCGUAACUGCUAAAUCUGUGUCUUCAGUAAAUCAUCCUGCACUGUUAUGACUGCUGAUUAGCAAACCUUGGAAAAUUAACUUGCAAACUGCAGCCAUAGAGAGCCUAUAGGAGGUGGUUUUGAUCUGGACAGGGUUGGCAACGUGGUACGAUUCUUCCUUGUACUGCUGGCUUACAAAUCACUCCCCUCCUUUAUCCUUCCAACGCAAAUUAAGCCCCUCUUGAUAACCAGACAGGGAACUACUGGUUGUAGUGGUGAUGUAGCCACAAUCUCAUGUGCAUUUAUGUAUACACCAGUUUUUGCAGCUAUAAACAAGGGGAAGUAAAUAAAGAAUUGUUGGUAAAAACAUGGCAGACACUAUUUGUUAACCUGCCUAGCAGUCCUAGUUCUGAAGGCAGCCUCCAAUGUGUUUAAAAUGCAACGAAAUAGGCAAAAGAAACUAGUAAGAGGCAAAUGUGUAUACAAGUUUUUUUCCGCAGAUGUUCCAGCUGCUACUGUGCUUCUGAAUCCCUGGACCACAAAAAAAAUCUCAGAGUAAAUUGCUCUGAAAUGUUAGUCUCUCACCUAGGAGGCUGCCAUUGCCUCCUUAAAUCUCCUGUAGUUUGGUCUCCUGGGGGCAGAUUCAAGAGGCACCAGGAGAGCAAACGUGUUUAUAUAGCAAUAAAGCUUCAUGAUCUUAACUGGCAAAAUAAGUUGCUGUCUCGCCACUAGAGGUCAGCCGGGAUUCAUUCAGUAUUUUAACUAAUAUGAGACAGAAAUGCAGGGUUCCUGUUCUGGAGAUAAUGCUCCUUAAGGCUGUGCUGGACUUGCUGCCAUUGAAAUGGCUUGGUCAGGACAGGGGCAGGCAGCCAGGUCACGGAGCAUCAUUCUCCCAUCAAGGCACACCCCAAAAGCCACAAACCAAGUCUGCUGGUCAUCAUCAGAAGGCGAUCUUGAACCUGGAUGUAUUGUGUGCACAUUAGGCACCUUACUUCACUUUUCCAAGGGACAGGACUAGAAAAUGGUAGGUUUCGUUUUUCUGAAAUGUGCUGAUGCACUUUGGGUGGUAACUUUAUGAUUGAACACAGUCAUUUGGGUGAUGACAAGUAUCAGGCACAUGAGAUUUGCUUCUCAGAUAAGGGGGGGAUGUAGCAGCUCCUACCAGUGUCAUUGUCCUUACACAUAACUAGCACUUUCUGAUGGGAAGACAAUGUGCUGGUUAUCUGUUAUGUUUUCAGCCAUACAGACAGAAUAAAGAGUAUCUGCACUUGC